CUCCUUAAUUAUCUUUCUUAAAAUUGUUUUGAAAUUAAAAUAGCAGAUGCAAUCUUCAUUUUCAAAUAUCAAACUAAAUCUAUAUAAUCUAAUAUGUGUGUGGUUGAAGAGAGUGGCAAAUUGGGGAAGAUAAGAGUAUGGUUGGUGGGAAAAAGAAGAAGAAAAUUCCUGGUGCUCCGAUGGUUUCUCUUAUCCAGGUGGCCCUUUCCCAAACCCAAAAUCUCCAUAGUGGGAUUUAGAGGAAGCGUCCUGUCUUUUGAUCUAAACAAGCUCCUUGAGGGGCAGAGCACAAUCAAAGCUUGACAAGGCAAAAUAGAGAUUGUGAAUUCCAAAUUUGAAAGAUGAAGAGGAAGAUAAAUAAUUAACCGAACAAGUUUUUUUUUUUUAAUUUUAUUCUCAGCAUUUUCAUUCUUUUUAUAUUAUCAAAAGAAAGAUCUCUCUCUUGAAAACUCAGCCUCAUCGAGGUACACAAACAUUCUUCAAAACAAUACACGAAGGCAGAGACGAAUCAUCUAUGAAGGGGUCAGGGAUAAGCAACAAACACAUAAGGAAUGGAAUGUUUUCAAUUGUUCCACUUCAAGAUUCCUCCUUUGUCUAUACACAUUUCCCCCCAUUUUAUUACACCAAAAAAAGAUGAAAACCAAGAAGACUUCCCGUUUCCAUUUCAAUGGCCAAUUCCCGAUUCCUUCUUUCACCAUUUUUCUCUCUUCCCCAACUCCCCUCAAAUCCAAUUCAAUCACCAUCCAAAAACCACCUCCAGAUUCACUCCACCUUUGCUAAAUUUGACAACUUUCUUGACCUUAAACCUGAGUCCAAACCUAAACCCCUCAAGCUUGAUCUCCCCUUGUUUCACCCCUAUUACGAUCGUUCCCGCUUCGACGUGGUGGUCGUUGGGGCUGGCCCCAUCGGCCUGCGUGUCGCUGAGCAACUUGGUGGCUUUGGAAUCAAAGUGUGUUGUGUGGAUCCUUCCCCGCUUUCUCCUUGGUCCAAUAACUAUGGCGUUUGGGUGGAUGAGUUUGAGGAUUUGGGGUUAGAAGAUUGCUUACACAAGACUUGGCCUAUGGCUUCACUGUAUUUAAGUGAUGAGAAAGUCAAGUAUUUGGAUCGCCCCUAUGCUCAGGUGAGCAGGAAGAAACUGAAGAUGAAACUAAUGGAAGAAUGUAUAAGAAAAGGGGUAAAGUUCCACAAAGCCAAAGUGUGGGAAAUCAACCACCAACAAUUUGAAUCUUCAGUAUCUUGCAACGACGGAACCGAAAUAAAAUCAAACUUAGUAAUUGACGCAAGUGGUUUCACAAGCAAAUUCACAAAGUACUCAGACUCAAACCCAAGAAACUGCGCCUUUCAAAUCGCCCACGGAAUUUUAGCAGAAGUGGACCACCACCCAUUCGAUCUAAACAAAAUGGUUCUAAUGGAUUGGAGAGACACCCAUUUGAACAACGAACCAUACCUAAGACAACACAACAAAGAAUUCCCAACAUUCCUCUACGCAAUGCCCUUCGAUUCCAACCUAAUCUUUCUCGAAGAGACUUCCCUCGUCGGCCGUCCGGCGCUGCCGUACACAGUGGUGAAAAAGAGGAUGGCGGCUAGGUUGCGGCAUUUGGGAAUAAAGGUGAAGAGAAUUUUAGAAGAGGAGAAAUGUGUCAUUCCGAUGGGGGGUGCUCUGCCGGAGAUGCCGCAGGCGGUGGUGGGGGUAGGUGGGGUGGCGGGGAUGGUGAACCCGGCAAGUGGGUAUGCGGUGGUUAAGGGAAUGGCGGCGGCGGGAAGGAUAGCGAGAGUGGCGGGGGAGGGGGUGGGUGGCGGGGGUGGGAGGAUGAUCAGAGGGAGGGCAUUGGAGGGGAGGGUUUGGGAAGGAGUGUGGCCAAUGGAGGAGAGAAAUGUGAGGGAGUUUUAUUGCUUUGGUAUGGAGAUUUUGAUGAGGCUUGAUUUGGAUGGGAUUAGGGGUUUUUUCAAUGCCUUUUUUGAUUUGGAACCAUUUUAUUGGGAGGGUUUUUUGUCUUCUAGGUUGUCUCUUUUGGAGUUGGCUAUGUUGAGUUUAUCUCUUUAUCAACAUGCUUCUUUUAGGUCUAAGCUUGAUAUUCUUACUAAGUCCCCUCUUCCUCUUCUUCAAAUGAUGGCUAAUCUUACCCUUCAAGCUUUGGGAUGAAUGAAUGAAUAAGGGCACAUUUAUCUGUGGGUUGUUCCGUUAUUAUAAUAUAGGGUGUUAUAAUAAUCCGAAGAGGUAAAGAAAAUUUGUGUUUGA